CUCAGCCCGGCUCGGUGGGUGCCGCCCGCCCCGCAGACCCCACCGCAGCAGGCAGAGCCCUAAGGCGCCGUCACCCGCGUACCUACCCCCGCCCUCAGCCCGGGCGGAGCCGCGCUGGGCGGCACAAGCGGCGGGCCCGGGGUGAGGAGCCCGGCCCACAGCCGGACCCGCUGCGAGGCGGCCACCGCCAUUCCCGCCCCACACACACGGAGCCCAACGGCCGCCGCGCGCCCCCUCAGGAGCGCCCCGCGCACGCGCGGCGGCCACGCGGAGUUGCCCCUUUUGGGAAGCGCCGCCCUUCGCCCCCGCCCGCGGAGCCGCCGGAGCAGCGCGGGCCGCGGCACGAGGCGGUGGCGGCAUGUCCUGAGGCGGUGGCGGCGGCGGCAGCGGCGCGGAGCCGGGCCCAGUGCCGGGCCCCACCACGGAGGGCUCGGUGGAGCAGCGGGCCAAGGGCCGGGCCCCCAUGAAGGAGAAGGAGGCGGGGGCGGAGCGGGGCAAGCCCGCCACUUACACCGGCGAGAAGAAGGCGCGCAUGGCGGCCAAGACCAACAAGAAGUGGGUGCGCCUGGCCACUGUGCUGGCCUACGUCCUCUCCGUCUCGCUGGCCGCCAUCGUCCUCGCCGUCUAUUACAGCCUCAUCUGGCAGCCGGUGCGCGGCGGCUCCGGCCCCGGCCCUGCAGCCGCCACCGCCUCGCAGCCCCGCGCCGCGCCGCCGGGCCCCGCGGCCAGCCCGCCGCCCGGCCCCACGCGGGACGCGCCGCCGCGACCCGCACCCGGCCCCACGGACAUGGACACGGACCGUUCGGACGCGUCGCCGCCGCCUCCGCCGCCCGGGGCCGAGGCGGGUACUGCGGGCGGCCCCUGAGGAGGUGCCGGGCUCGGCCGGGCCGGGCGGACGCGGCUGGAAGCCGGCGGCGGGACCGGGACUGUGCUUGGAGGUGGCACCGAGACCCCCGUCGCGGAGGAGCCCCGAAGAGCUCGGGCUGGAGCCUGCCCCGGGCCGUGGCCGCCGGGGAAGGGACUGUUCUCACUUGGUCGGACUGCGGUAUCUCUUGUUUUUUUCCCCCCCGUUUUUCCUCAAAAGGGAAUUCUGUGGCUUCGGUUUUUCCCCUCACCAGGGCUAGCGUCUCCCGUGGAACCUGCAUCGAAUUCCUGCGCUAUUUAUGCCAGUCUGUUACCUAGGAAGGGAUCUCGGUGUCCAAAGCUCCUCACUGUUGACAGGAUCAGCUGGGAACAAUACGAAUUUAGAGGCUGUAACCCAUUGUUUCAGUAAACCCCGUUUUGUUUAACAACGAGCAUAAACUUAUUUAAAACCAUGUGGAAGGUAAAUUGACUUGUUUACUAUAUUAAAAUAUUUUCCCAAUAUGAAA